AACACCAAAUUGAGCCAGCUCGACUCACGCUGCACUUCACCUCCAUCAUGCACACAUACAGGGGUCACAGAGCAGAUUCGUUUGUGCCGCUUGAUGUCCUUGAGCUCAAUGAACUUCGUGCACGCAACCGCACGUUUAAUGGCUGUUCGAUUCGCGUUUUCUUCGAAGUGAGUCUUUCGUCCUUGACUUUUUCCAUGAUGACCGCGAUCUCAUUCCCCCCGUCACCUGCUGUUUCCUAUAACAUCGAACAGUCGGUAUUCUCUAUCUCGUUCUCUCCAUUCUCCUUUUCGCUCUCGGGUAUAUUCGUGCUCGACAUUCACGGCAUGACUUCGCCGAUCAAUCGAAAACCAGUGCUCUCUAUCAGCAAGCGCUCCCUACCGUCGGGCAGGAAGACAGACGAGAAUAUGGUCAGUCCGUUCAUAACGGCUGGACGUGAUGUUGUUGCCAUUGGUGCCCUCGUGAUGGUAGUAGAGAUCCUAUUGCUUGCGUUUGUCCUUCAAAUGUAA